AUGACUUCUUCCUACGAGGUCUCGGAUGACGGCGUGCUAGGAUGUCAGGCCGAAGCACCUUACCCCUACAUUGUGGAGUGUAGAGAUUGCCUGAUACCUGAACCUAAAUCCAGUUACCCCACGUUUCCUGAACCUAAAUCCUGUUACCCCGCGUUUCCUGAGAACUAUCGCCUUCCUGUUUCAUCUGUAUCCCUGUCUAUGUCUGAGAACCGUGUGACAUCUUCCCAUACAACUCGUCGAAAUCCCGGAGAAACGAUUCCCCGAGUCGAUAACCCAGAACGAAUCAUAUUCCCAACUCGAACUGCUCCUGCUCCGUUAUCUUGCACGCCGAUUCGACCGACUUCGGCUCCACCGAUUCUACCUUUGGUCGAAUCCACCGGUUCAGCGCCGCUGAUAGUACAACAGUGGGAUUCUAUCGUGAAUCCAUCCAAUCCUCACGGUUACCCGAUCAUUGAAGCCCGCUGGCCAUCUGACUCGAUUGCACUGGAUCAACUCUCAGACGAUUCUGUAGCGAUCGAAAACACCAGCAACCUCCUUACUUCCGGACUUCGCCAUCCUCGGCGUAGUAUUCCUGGUAACUUCGAUCCUCACGUUUCCUUCAUCAGUUCGGGAGAUCAGACCAUCCAGAACAAAAUGGAACAUCAUCCGUCGACCUCUGCACCUCCUGAGGUUGAUGUCAGUGCUGAGUUUGCACGCAUGAAACUCGACAACGACGGGUUACGAUCUGAUAACGACGGUCUUCGAAAGGAAAUUAGCGAGAUUCGGGGUUUACUGCAAAACUUUUUGCGCAGCCAACGACCAUCGGACGAUGACGUUACUCGCCAUGUCAACUCUGGAGAUGAGGCUUCGACUCAGAGACCGCCUCACCGCGACAUCGAUAGGGAGGCAACUCCUCAAAUGUUCACAUCCACCCCUGCAGGGCCUCGUCAAAACCUUUUCAACGUGCCGCCCUCUUUGCCUUCGGUCGCAGAAACUCCAGUGACGGCGGCUCCCGUUAUGGCCGACUUGUCGAAAUUCCGUGCUACUGAUUGGCCCCAAUACAAGGGGAAGUUCGGCGACGUUGCUGCAUUCCGCAUGUGGCAAUAUCAGAUGGAAACCACUUUCCGCGUGAAGCAGAUUGACAGACCCGAAGAUCGAUUCCGCAUACUCCCACUUGUCUUAGCGAACGAUCCAGCCUCAUCAUGGUGUCGACGAUCUGAAAGGAAUUUUGAAGGUAAAUCUUGGGAAGCGGUGAUGUUGGAGAUGCAAGGGGUAGUCUUACCGGUGGGCUGGGAUGAAGCGGCUCGGGAGCGGUUACGAGAACUCACGAUGAAAUCAAAUGAAUCCGUGACCGCUUACUGCGCUCGUGCUAGGGUGAUACAAGAAGAGAUAGGGGUAGAUGAGUGUGGUGAUGAAGCUUUGGCGAAUGCAGUCGUGGGGGGUACUUCGGGUCCUUUCAAAGCUUGGCUGAAAAUGGAGCAUGUGGUGAGAAACAGUCUCGACCCGAUGACCAAACGGUUCUCAUUCCCGAUCUUCGAGGAGCGAUUGGGAGCUAUCUGGAUCCUCACGCAAGCCUUUGAUAGCAGUAAUGCAGCGAAGUCGCGUCCCUCUGGUAAUAUUUCGGGUGGAUCGUCAGGCACUCCUUCAAUUGGGCAAUCUCGUUUCAUAGGUGGAACUUCCGGUAACCCUCCCGCUUCGAACCGUCCCGCCUUAUCGUCUGAAGAGACCCAAGCUCGUAAUGUGCGUUUUGGCGCUUAUAUGCGUUCGAUUGGCCUAUGUCCUCGUUGCAAGACACCGUGCAGAAAAUGGUUAGGGGGCUGCGAUGCCAAACCGAAUCCGGCCUUCUUCUCGGUGCCUAUGGACUUCCCACGGGCUCCGCCUUAUCCACCGGCGAAGGCUUCGGCGACGGCUACCAGUACCAAAACAUCGACACCUUCGGGCAUCCCUCGUCCAGCUAAGCGAGUUGAGGUGGCAGCAGUCGAGACUGUACCAAAUGAAGUGGAUGUAGCGGCGAUAGUUGAUGGACAAAUUGACGGGUGA